UACAAGAGUGCAGCGGCUUUCUUGCUGCCUUUCAGUACUUUUGACAUCCAUGUUUGCUAACGCGAUGUUCUAUAAGUUAGAAGGCAAAUAUGAACAGCCUAUCCAAGUCGGACCGCUGAAAAUGUCGUGGAGACAAGUGGUGACUGGAAUUGAAAGCGCGCUCCUUGUGACGCCCAUAAACAUUGUCAUAGUGUUUCUGUUUCAGAAAGGAGCUGAAAAGUCUGCGACGAACAAUGACCAUUGUCUCAAAGGUACCCUGAUCUCUGGUGUCGCUUGGUGUUUGUUAUGUUUUUCUUGUACUGUUUCGGCUGCGUUUUCAAUUUUCUACAGUCUAAUUUGGGAAAAGAGUGUCAGUGAGCAGUGGCUGUCUUCGAUGCUUAUUUCAUUCGCACAGGAUGUAACAAUCAAGGAACCAGUAAAAGUGUUCUUCACAGCUUUAACAUUCGCGGCCAUUUUAAAGAUAAAGGCGAAGAGAUCAAAAGUACACGCCUGCGAAGGCCCUCAGCAAGUUAAAACUGGGUACCAUAAGAAACAUUUUUGGGCACUGAAAUUAUCAGAGGUGGAAGAGAUGAGGAGACGACAAGUUAAGAAACAGAACCUGGCACGUUAUUUCACAGAGUUGGGUUUAUACUUGGUCUUCGUUUUCUUGCUUAUGGCAGUGUGUUAUGGAAACAGAAAUGACCAUCGUUACUUAAUGACGAAAUCAAUCCGAGAUGGACUACCAAACUUUGACAAGGUGACAAACAAUAAAAUGUACUGGAACUGGUUACAGCGUGUUUUCAUCCCGGGAGUGUUUUCUGGCAGAUGGUAUAACGGUCGAAACGAAGAGCAAACAAUCUAUAUUGGUAAUAAACACUCUCUUCUUGUCGGAAUGGCUCGAGUACGGCAACUUAGAGUGAAAGCGACUCAAUGCAAAGUCCUAAAUUAUAUGGAAACAUCGUUCCAAGAAUGUUUCAAGGGAUACUCUACAGAGAACGAAGACAAGACCGCCUACAGCAAACCUGGCUGGAGGCCUGUCGACAAUGCUUCGAGGAAUGACAAGUUAUUACUACUUUGCCCGCAGCCAUGGCGAUAUCAACAUGCCAAGAAAACCGACACUACACCCAGGUGGGGACAGUUCUCCUUUUAUGAUGGAGGAGGAUUUGUAGCAGACCUCGGUUAUGAUAACCAUACGGGAUUCAGCAUAAUAACAAGUUUACAGAACAACGGUUGGCUUGACAGAAAAACGAGAGUUGUCCUGGCAGAGUUUUCGACAUUCAAUCCGUCGGUGAAUAUUUUAGGUGUUGCCACAUACUUCUAUGAAGUUGAUGCAUCUGGACUGAUAGCAGCCUCCAUGCAAACUCGUGUUCUUUCACUUGAUUCUACGGGAACACCCUCGCAUCAGUUUUAUUUUAUUUGCUUGUUUCUGUACAUUGUAUUUGUUUUACUGUAUUUUGUUAGAGAAAUUUUCAGGCUUUACAAUCAUCGUUUUCGAUAUUUCAAGCUCAUGUGGAAUUGGAUCGAGAUAUUCCAAAUUGUCUUCUCUCUGAUUGCCGUGGUGAUGUACAUAAUACGACAAAGUAAAGUCAUGUCAACCAUGGGCAAACUGCAUAGAAACAUUUACGAAAAUCUAAGUUUCCAAGAAGCUAUCACUUGCCAAGAAGUGGAAAAUGUCGUAAUUGGAAUUCUUACUUUCAUCGUCACCAUCAAGCUAUUGCGGAUCAUUCGCUUCAACAACUAUGUUGUUCUAUUCUCCAAAACAUUGAAGAUAUCUGCACGAUAUUUGUCAUCCUUUAGCAUCGUUUUAUCCAUUUUCUUUGUGGCAUUUUUGCACUUCGGUGUCUUGAUGUUUGGCUCUGUAACUGAGCGCUACUCUUCAGUUCUGAAAGGAGCUUAUUUCCAACUCGAGCUAACUCUUGGUCGAGUGAAAGCUAGACCAAUCAAUGAAUUGGCACAGGCUAACACCAUAUACGCCAAAAUAUUCGCCUUCUUAAUUCUCUUCACUCUGACCAUUCUCUGUAUGAACUUCUUUAUCGGCAUAAUCAACGAUGCUCUUUUGGAUGCUAAGAACAACGUGAGCGAAAGUGAACUGUAUGAACUUAUCGAUGAGAACCGUUGCUCGAGCUCAAAAGAAAGAACAAAAUUUUUCGAUGCAAUCAGUAAUACAUUGAAACAGUCGAGAACCUCCAAAACGUUGGCAGAAGUGAAGGACAAAGAAUUAGAAAACGUUGGCGUUGACCCCAAGAACAGUUCCAAUCUCAACUUCGAUUUAGCAAGUCAAACUGUCGUAGCUUGGGGGAAGAAAAGAUCUAGAGAAACAAUAGAUAAACAGCAAUGCAGUACAGGGAGACAAGCAUUGUUCGACAAGAUAAGCAACAUGUUAAAAUCUCUGAAAAGUAAAAGCAAUGACGACUGCAGCAAACGUAGAGAAAAAAAGAAAGUAAGAUUUCUAGAGGAUGUCGUCGAAUCUUCCCUCCGUAAAUUACGGAGGAGACAGCAUGACCUGUUACAGCGGCUGGAGAGUAUUGUUUCAGGUUUCACAACGGAAGACGAAGAAUUUGAUUAUUUAUUAAAAACAGCAGAGGCUCAUAACCACUAGGUUGAGAAAGAGUCAAAAGAAAAGGUGAAAGGAAGUAAAACACCUCAUCGAAAAUCAAUUAAAUUAACAGAUAGUUAAGCGUAAAUCAUCUCGCACACACAAAGCAACAGCAGGGAUUCCCCAGCUUGUCGUGUCAUUGUGGCAAGUAACA